AUGGCUUACGAAACCUUGACCUCGAAUAAGCCUUCAAGCCUAUCUGAUGUAUCGGACGAUCAAGAGCUAGAGGGAUUUGAGACGCCAAAUGAUUCUACAAUGAGGUUGGAGAGUCCGAACAAUGAUCAGAAAGAGCCAACUGGCAUGUCAAACUCGAAUGAAACCUCUUCGCUAUUGUCGUCUGAAGGAGAAUCCAUUCACCGGCAGAGUGGUAGUGAUGAUUCUCUGAGGUCGCUAGACUAUCACGAUGCGAAAGAUGCGCCGGAGCCAUUGAAGAGCGUCUUCUAUCUGUUCAUUCUCACACUCAGCGUGGGAGGCUUGCAAAUAUCAUGGGCUACGGAAAACUCCAAUGGUACGCCAUACCUGCAGUCCCUUGGGAUGAGCAAAUCACUCUUAGCCUUGGUAUGGAUUGCUGGUCCACUGACCGGAGUUCUCGUCCAACCGUAUAUUGGUAUUCGAAGCGACAAUUGCCGCCUUAGAUGGGGAAAGCGCCUGCCUUUCAUGGUCGCAGGCGCAAUCGCAACUUCAGUAUCUUUCUUGUGCUUGGCAUGGGCGAGAGGUAUCGUUCAGUCAAUCCUUGGAAUCUUUGGAGCAGAUGCAGAGUCAAAUGGUGUAAAGGUGUGCAUCAUCAUUUUCGCCAUUGUUUGUGUGUAUGUCCUCGACUUUUCCAUCAAUACUGUUCAGGCUGGAAUACGGGCCUUCAUCGUGGACAACGCCCCUUACCAUCAACAAGAAGAUGCCAAUGCAUGGGCCGGGCGCAUAACAGGCGUUGGUAACAUUCUUGGGUUUCUCUCGGGAUACGUUGAUCUUCCAAAACAAUUUCCCUGGUUAGGAGGAACGCAAAUGCAGGUACUCUGCGCCAUAUCAGCUUUCGCGAUCUGCGUCACCGUUCUUAUCUCAGCCCUCUAUAUUCGAGAACGAGACCCUAGCGCUGAUGGUCCUCCAAUCACCAAAAAUCCAGGCCUGAUAUCUUUCUUCACCCAAACGUAUCGCUCUGCCAAGCGAAUGCCGCCUCAAAUUCGCAAAGUCUGUGUGGCGCAAUUCUUCAAUUGGCUGGGGUGGUUUGGCUUCUUGUUCUAUAUGACGACCUAUGUGGGCCAAGUGAAGCUCAAUCCCUAUUUCGAUUCCCAUGACAAUCUUACACCGGAAGAAAUUGAAGACGCCUGGGAGGACGCUACACGAGAUGCAACUUUUGCAUUACUACUCUUCGCUAUAACCUCAUUCGCAGCGAGUAUUGUCCUACCUCUCUUUAUAACCCGAACAUAUGCGCUAUCACCAUCUACUAAUCAGAGCGAACACGUUGACCGUAUAACCGCUCCACGACCAUCGGCGCUUCGAGCUCGUCUUGAUCGUUUUCUGUCACGCCUCCAGAUCCAGUGGCUGACCCUCCGACGAGCCUGGUUGAUGUCCCACAUAAUCUUUGCCAUCUGUAUGUUUUCCACAUUCCUGGUCUUCAACUAUGCUGGUGCUACAGCUUUGACCGCUUUCAUUGGCUUGCCCUGGGCUAUGUCUCUCUGGGCACCGUUUGCUCUGAUUUCCGCUGAGGUCUCGAAAAGGGACACCCGUGCACGACGGCAGGUCGAGCAAGGUCGCGGAGAAGGCGAGCAAGAAGACCAGGCAGGAGUCAUCAUGGGACUCCACAAUGUCGCAAUAUCUGCACCGCAAAUCCUGGCUACGAUAGUUGCCAGCAUUAUCUUCCAGAUCGCCCAGAAGCCUAGAGGGCAGCCUUACGAUUCUAGUGUCGGAUGGGUCCUCAGUUUCGGAGGGGUGACCGCCCUCGCGGCGGCUUACUUCACCUACAGAAUUGGCGAGGAAGGUGACGAGUGGAAAGCUCGUGACGGCGUUCAGGACUACGAGAGGGUUGGCGAGCAUAGGGAGGCAGAUGCAGUGUAA